AUGGACGUGUCGAGGGACUUCUUCGGUAAGCUGCGGGCCCUAGCCCUCACGCUGGAGAAGGAGGCGAGGCAGCUCGAGAGGGCCCUACGCGGAGAGGACGUGGACUAUGAAGAUGAAUCUCCAAUAAGAGUCUUGCAUGACCUCCAUUGUGAAAUCAGGAGUCUGAAGGAAGAUGUUAAUGCCAGUCUUGGUAAGAGUUGCUCUGAAAAACAAGCAAUUCAUGAGUUUAUGAAGGCAAGUGAAAUAUUGAUGCAAAGAAAUGCAGCAGAUCUUGGAAAAAUAAGAGAGCUGUUCCAGAAAUACGGCUACAAACCACUUGUCAAAGACUCUACAGAAGAGGAGGAAGAAGUUGUUAACAGCGAUUCAACAGUGUCUGUCCAGACUAAAUCUGAUGAAGGAAAAGCAGAUGUCCCUCUUCCUGCUUGUACUGAGAAGCCACUGGUGCCCACAGACCCACUGCGUAAUCCCCAGCUUUCUGAUUUUGGUCUUUCACAAUAUGCGUUCUCCAGGCCUUGGAGCGCAGUGAAAGGACAACGCACAACAAAUGCAUAUCAAGAAAAUUCAAAGAACAGGACUCCGCUAAAAACACAGGCACCUUGUAUUUUGCCCAAAACACCAAAAUGUAUGCUAAAGAUGGACGAUUAUGAGUGUGUAACACCAAAACUUGAACACUUUGGCAUUAGUGAACAUACCAUGUGUAUGAAUGAAGAUUAUACGAUGUCACUUAUUCGUAAAACUGCUCAGACAAGCAAGAAUUUGGUUAAAAAAGAUGAUCAUGAAGUGAAUGUACCAGAAAUGACAUCCAGGGAAAUCAUGUUUACUCCUGGGCCAAAACCAAAAGUGACAGCUGAGAAUGCAGCUGGCUGGAUGGCUUCUCCUAUGGUAUUUGUGUUCUGUACUCCUGAUGUGAAAAUCCCUUCCAGAACAAAUAAUACAGUAUUAUCAAGGUCACCAGAGACAAAUGAACUGCCUCUUCCCAGUCAUACAGAAACACCACAGUUUCCAGAUUUUGAAACAAGAUGGCUAAAAACAGAAGCUAAGCAGGUGAAGCAGGGGGGCAAAACUGAGUCGGUGACAAAGAAGGAUGCAACAGAUAAAAAAUACGUAGAAAAUAGCAUUCCUUUUGCUGUGAGCUCUGAUGAUUAUCUUAAACAUUUUGGAGACCCUUCUCCUCCUAAAAUAAAACACUAUGACCAGUUAUUCAAUACUCCUCCACCUCCAGAAAUAACAAGGAUACCAGAUGAUGUUCUACAGAUUCUGUCCAAGUAUAAUCAUAAAGUAGACUCUUCUAAAGCCAAGGAAAAGGAGACCAAGGCAGGAAAUACUAUAAGAUGUGGAAGUGAUUUCACUGAUUACUGCAAUAAAGAGAACAGGUAUGAUUAAAUUUUACAAAUUUGGUUAAGUAAUUUAAUUUUAAGGUGCUACGAAGGUGCUUUAAUGCAUUUAGAAAUUCAUGCAGCUGCGUGCUCUUCAGCUACCAAAAUAGCUCUUGUUGCUGUGACUAAGUAACUAUUCUUUGGCAUGGUAGCUGACUGCCUUUUUGUAAAGAAUGAAUAUUAUAAUUGUGUGUUUGAAUCCUCCCAACUUUAGGGGAAAAAAAAUAAAUGAAGGUAGAGUUUUACUGGUUUAUCUGUAGGUAUAUUCUGCUUUGUGGCAAUGAAAGCACUGAUGAAUGCUUUCUUCAGAGUAAAUUUAGGGAAUAAAACUAAGGAAUUGGAGAAAACUGUAAGUGACACUACUGGUUUCAUGGUCGUUUUGGCAAAGACAAAGUUCUUUGAAAUGCAAAGCCACCUUAUGAACAAUAUGUGAGAUUAAAUUAGUCUACAAUAAGCAUGAGUAGUCUUUGAAUAAUGGAAUAAUAGCUUUAAAAAUAACUCAAUCAAUUUGAAUAGAGAGAAGUUUUUGUGACAACUCGAUCAAGUGUAGAUAUUCCUGAUUCAAUGUAAUGUAUAUUA